AUAAAAGGGAUUUAAUCGAAAAGUUGACUAGUUACGAUCCUGAUUAUGUGAUAACAAAUCUGACAAACAUCGAACGAUUAGCGGAUAUCCACUUUGACAAGAAAAAAUCUAAAAAAGAAUUGACAGAAAAAAAAGAAAAAAAAACAACUAAAUAUCAAAAAUUUGUUCAAAAUAAUUUUAAAGAUAUGAAAGAAAAACACGAAACCAAUGGUGAAACUUUGAAGGCUAUUGCUGAAAUGUGGAAAACCAGUCUCGAAAAUCCAAAAAAUGGAUCAG